AUGGGCUUCGGCGUGUUCCAGGAGCACUUUUCGGAGCACUGGACGCUGGCAGGCAGCCAGAGCGCGACGGGCGUGAUUGGCACGACGUCCAACGAGGUCAUGUACUUGGCGAUGCCAUUUCUGUUUGCUGGCCUGUCGUGCAAAAACGUUGUCGGCUCGACCUGUCCGUUUCUGUUCCGCCUGCUGCUGGACCGUCUGGGCUUCCGUGUGGCCCUGCGUGUCUGGGCGGCCGUGACGGCCGUUUCGGGCGUGGUCGCCAUCCUGCUGGUGUCGGGCGGUGGAGGCAGCAGUGGUCUGCCAGCUCCAGAUCAUCGCAGCCGUUCGGUCCCGUGGAACUUUCUCCGGCACAGCACCUUUUAUGUCUACGCAGUCGCCACGGUGCUGCAGAGCUCCGGCUACGGCAUCCCGCAGACGUACCUCAACACGUACGCCCACGACGUGACCCAGCUGUCGGGCGGGUCGGCCACGCUACUGCUAACGCUCUUCAACAUCCCCAGCAUCGCAUCGUCGGCCUUUUUCGGCUUCCUUAGCGACGACCGUGUCCGACAGACGCGGUUCCACCCACUGCUGCGUCUGCAUCUGCUCUCGACGCCCGCCGUCACCGGCCUCUCGGCCGUCAGCUCUGCCCUGGCCGCCUGGCUGCUCUGGGGUCUGGCCGCCCGCGGUGACAUGGCCCUGCUCGUGCUGUUCGCGCUCGUCUUUGGCUUCUUUGCCGGCGGCUAUAGCGCCACCUGGGCUGGCGUCAUGUCCGACCUCGAGCGCGAGGCGGCCCUGCGCAACGAGCCGGUCGACAGCGGAUUCGUGUACGGGCUGCUGAACGGCGCCCGCGGCAUCGGCUACAUCAGCGGUGGCUUCAUCAGCGUCAGCCUGCUCCAGUCUGGCACGGCGGCAGUGACAGCGGCCACAGGCUCGACAGUCGGCGCACAUGCCGGCUACAGCACCAGUUACGGGCCGCUAAUCAUCUUCACCGGCCUGUCGACCGUUUUUGGCGGCUGCGGGCUGCUCUGGAAGGCUGGACGGGCAAACGGACGAGCGUAUCCGACCCGCGGUCUUCAUAGAGCACGCAGCAAGCCGAAGAUGCCUACGAUUGCCGUGGACAAGUACCGGCUCUUCGAAGAGCUCGGCCAGACCUUCACGCCCGAUGCCUUCCAGGACCUCGCCUUUGAGUUUGGCGUGGAGGUGGACGAGGACACGGAGGAUGAUCCGUCACGGCCCAAGGAUGAGCCGCCGGAGCUAAAGAUUGAGAUCGGUGCGAACCGCUACGACAUGCUCUGCUUUGAGGGCAUCGCCAUGAACCUCAACGUGUUCCGCGGCAAGAUUCCCAUGCCACAGUUCCAGCUGCUCGACAUCCCGGUCGAGAAGCUGCAGACGAUCACGGUCAGCAAGGAGACGGCACGCGUGCGGCCGUUUGUGGCUGGCGCCAUCCUGCGCGAUGUCACCUUUGACAAGGCCGUGUACGACUCGUUCAUCAGCCUGCAGGAUAAGCUACACCAGAACCUGGCGCGCCAGAGAACGCUCGUCUCGAUCGGCACCCACGACCUCGACACGAUCCAGGGCCCCUUUACGUACGAGGCGCAGGCGCCCAAGGACAUCAACUUCGUCCCGCUCAACCAGACCAAGACGUUUGCCGGCGACGAGCUUAUGUCCUUCUACGAGACCGACCGGCAGCUGGGCCGCUACCUGCACAUCAUCCGCGACAAGGACGUGUACCCGGUGAUCUACGAUGCUAACCGGGUCGUGUGUUCGCUGCCACCCAUCAUCAACAGCGAGCACUCCAAGAUCACGCUGAAGACGAAGAACGUCUUUAUCGAGAUCACGGCGACGGACGAGACGAAGCUGGACAUUGUCUGCAACAUGAUGGUCACCAUGUUCUCGCGCUACUGCGCCAAGCCGUUCACGGUCGAGCCUGUGCGGAUCGUGUCGGAGCACAAUGGGACCAGCCGGAUCACGCCGAGCCUGACGACGCGGGUGGUGGACGUGGAGGUGCGUCACAUCAACGAGGUGUGCGGACUGAACGAAUCGCCCGAGGCGCUGGGCCGGCUGCUGAAGAAGGUGACGUUUUCGUCGGUCCCGUCAGCCGACGGAACGGUGCUGCACGUGUCGGUACCGCCAACACGCGCCGACAUUCUGCACCCGUGUGACAUUGUGGAGGACGUGGCGGUGGCGUACGGCUUCAACAACCUGCCGCGGUCGUCGCCGAACAAGGCGGCCACGAUCGGACGGCCGCUGCCGAUCAACAAGCUGGCCGACAUUGUGCGGCUGGAGGCGGCCAUGGCCGGCUGGAUCGAGGUGAUGCCGCUGAUCCUGUGCUCGCACGACGAGAACUUUGCCUGGCUGAACCGGCGCGACGACGGCCAGACGGCCGUCCGGCUGGCCAACCCCAAGACGGCCGAGUACCAGGUCGUGCGCACGUCCCUGCUGCCGGGCCUGCUCAAGACUAUCCGCGAGAAUAAGAGCGUGCCGCUGCCGAUCAUGAUCAACGAGGUGUCCGACGUGACCAUCAAGGACGAGUCUGUCGAGCGCAAGGCCCGCAACGAGCGCCACUGGGCUGCCGCCUACUCGUCCCGCUCGGCCGGCUUUGAGCAGGUUCACGGCCUGCUCGACCGCGUCAUGCUGAUGCUCCGCUGCGCCUUUUUGACGCGCGAGGAGGGCCUCACCUCCGGCAGCGGUGCCGGCCUCGACGGCUACUUCAUCCGCGAGAUCGAUGACCCGACCUUCUUUCCCGGCCGCGCCGCCGCCAUCUACGUCCGCAUCGGCGGCGAGAGCAAGCGGAUAGGCGAGCUGGGCGUGCUGCACCCGACCGUGCUGGAGGCAUAUGACCUACGGCCCACUGCUCACGUCCUGCUCGUCCGCCAUCCCCCCACCGAGACCAUGUCCGACAGCGACGGGGACGAUGUCAGCUCCAACUUCUCCCAUCUGCACGUGGCCGGCCUCGUCGUGCCCGUGCUCAUCGUCCUCGGCGCGUGCACCAUGGCGCUCGUCGUCAUCCGGCGCAACCGUCGGACACGCCAGGGUCUGUCGCUCAACCAGCAGGGCCGCCUCGCUCUUGCGCGUGAUGUGUUGGAGGACGGCCACAACGGCACUGCUGGCACCGAUGCCGCGCAGCCAGGCCAACAGCAGCAGCUGCCAUCCUACACAAACGGCAGUCGCAUACAGUCGCCGCCGACGGCCAACCGCUGGGCCUGGACAAACGCUGCCGGCAUAGCAGCGAUGAGCGGUGGUGGCAGCCGUGUCCGACGCCGUGAAGACGGCCUGAACGAGCUCGGCGAGGCACCGCCGCCCUAUGAGAUGGCUGCCAUGCACACAAAGGCCGCCGAAGAUCAGGUCGCCCAGCAGCCGACGCCGUCGCCAUCGCUGCUAGCCGUGCCCGCACCCACACAUGUCCGAGCCGCCACUGCACCAUACUCCGUUGCGCCGUCAUCGGCAGCACAACCACAACCACAACCUGCUGAUGCUUCCUCUUCGCCCGCUGUCCCGCCCAGUCUGCCCCCGUCCUACAGUCCAAGCGUCCCAGCACCGGCAGCGAGACCGUCUGCGGCCGACAGGUGA